UUUGUGGCGGACUACAGCAACCACAAGAUCCGGCGGGUGGAGGUGGCGACUGGCGUUGUGACCACGCUCGCGGGCAGCGGCGAGGGUGGCUACGCGGAUGGUGUGGGCGUCGCAGCGCGGUUCUGCUACCCAGGUGGCAUCUCCAUCAGCCCAGACGGCGGCGCGCUGUAUGUGGAGGACUCCAGCAACCACAAGAUCCGGCGGGUUGAGGUGGCGACUGGCGCGGUGACGACGCUCGCGGGCAGCGGCGAGGCAGGCGACACGGAUGGUGUGGGCGACGCGGCGGAGUUCUACUACCCAGGUGGCAUCUGCAUCAGCCCAGACGGCGGCGUGCUGUUUGUGGCGGACGUCGACAACCACAAGAUCCGGCGGGUGGAGGUGGCGACGGGCGCUGUGACCACUCUCGCGGGCAGCGGCACCGUGGGAAGCGCUGACGGCGUGGGCGACGCGGCGGAGUUUGACAGCCCCUACGGAGUCGCCAUCAGCCCAGACGGCGGCGCUGUGUUUGUGGCGGACCAUGACAACCACAAGAUCCGGCGGGUGGAGGUGGCGACGGGAGAGGUGACGACGAUCGCGGGCAGUGGCACAGAGGGCAGCGCUGAUGGCGUGGGCGACGCGGCGGAGUUCGAAGGCCCAGUCGAAGUCGCCAUCAGCCCGGACGGCAGCACGCUGUUGGUCGGUACGUAC